AUGGUGUGAGUUGAUUUCACUGCAUCAAAUGGAGAUAUUAGACGCCCUUCCUCGUUUUGCUUUUUAAAUUCUACUGUAAGAUAUAUCGACUACCAAAAUAUGAUCAAGCUAGUGGGGAAUAUCUUGGAAGUCUACCGUUACAAUUGUCCUCAGUAUCCUUGAUAUGGGUUUGGAGGCAUUCCUAAGUAUGUAGACAAGAGAAAAGUGUCUCAUUGCUUCCACUUAAAUGGGGAGAUAGAGCCUGAGGUUGAUGGGGUCGAAAGAAUCCUUGAUGCAUACCAGCUUUCCUUUCUCAAUUGCGAAAUUUAUGGACACACUAAUUUUGAAAGCUGAAUGAUUAAGACAGUCGAUUGCAUUAAAGAUCGAAUGAAUAAAAAGAUGUAUCAUAUACUUCUGAUCCUGACAAAUGGGGAUAUCCAUGACAUGCCUAAGACCAGAGACAUCAUUGUCGAAAGAAGCCAUUAUCCACUCAGUAUUAUUAUCAUCGGUUUUGGUGAGAAUUCCUUCCACAAAAUGAUAGAAUUGAAUGGUGAUUACAUAAUUCUUUGAAAUACAAAGGUAGAGGCUACAAUUAGAGACAUUGUCCAGUUCGUCAAAUUUAAUGAAUUCAGACAUGGAAACAUCCAGGCCUUAGCUGAGGAAGUCUUGGAGGAGGUUCUGAACAAGUUGUAUCUUAAUUAA